AUGUAUAAUCAACCUUGCGCAACCCAAAACAAACUCAUUGAUACCCUCGAGAGUCUCGAUGCAGGCUCAUUUUCUAGCGAGGCGGAGCGGGUUCGUACCAUGGAGGCCCUCUCUUUGGCCUUGAGUAGGGUUCAGAAGCCAUGGGACACUGUCUGGCAGCACAACUGGGUGAACCCGGCCACCAACGCCUGCGUCAAGACCUUGAUCGAUGCGGGAGUGUUCAAGCAAUGGAUCAGGUCUGGAGGAUCCGAAAAGACCUCCAGAGAGCUAUCCAAGCUCACGGGGACCGACGAGGUUCUCAUCAGACGCAUGAUGAGACAGAUCGCAGGCCAAAACUUGAUCACCGAGACUGCUGAGGACACUUAUAAGCCAACACCCUGGGUGUACUCUAUCGCAGCUGAUGAAGCACUGUCAAACACCUAUGGAGCGCUCUAUAACUUUGUGAACGGUCCCAUGUUUAGAAGCCUGCCUGCCUAUCUCAAAGAGACAGGGUACAAGAACCCAACAGAUCCAAAGAAGUGCAACUGGCAGUUUAUGAACAAGUCCGAAGCCACUUUGUUCGAGUCUCUUGGUUCUAAUGCUGUCGCUGCCAAAGAGUUCAACGAUGCCAUGCAAAGCCACUCCAAGUACAGCAUGACACCCUGGCCUGAAGUCUACCCAACUCGCACUCUCGUGGAAGGUUCUAAACUGGAUCGUCCUCUAGUGGUUGAUGUCGGUGGCAGCAAAGGCCAUGACUUGGCAAAGUUCCACAAGCGUCAUCCCGGUAUCCCAAAGGCAAGCCUAGUCUUGCAAGACUUGCCUGAUAUUCUCAAGGAGUUGACAGUCCCUGAAACGAUCACACCACAGCCUCACGAUUUCUUCACACCUCAACCCGUCAAAGGAGCUCGAGCUUACUUCCUGCACAAUGUCCUGCAUGAUUGGGAAGAUCCACAGGCUCUCAAGAUCCUGAAAAACCUCACCUGCGUAAUGGAGAAGGGCUAUUCCAAACUCCUUAUACAUGAGAGUUUGAUCAGCAGAGUCAAACCUUCCCCUCGCGUGACUACUUCAGACAUUACCGUGAUGGCCUGUCUGGGAUCCAAGGAGAGAACCGAGAUCGAAUGGAGGCGUUUGGUGGAGAGGGCAGGGUUACGCGUGGUGAAGAUUUGGAGACAAUCACAUUCAGUGGAAAGCAUCAUUGAGGCGGAAUUGGCUUGA